UUUUGCAGGAAUUGCUGCUGAAUGUCUUGGCGAAGAGCUCACUAAUUAAGGCCUGUAUGGAUCUUAAGAUCAAUGAAAUAUCAUCUUAUGAUCGCAAUGGUUUUGCUUGCGGGGAGAGAAUUAUGCAAGCUUUUGAGAUGGCAAUUUCUCGUCGUGGAUUCUUACCAAGAUCAUAGAUGUAUAUAUGCUUCUAGUUAUUUCCUUUUGUCAUAUGAACAUAAUAACUUUGCAUCUGUAGAAACCGGAACACUAUAUCAGAAAAUCAUGGUGGGUUUUCUUCUUUUGUUCAUCCAUAAAAAUCAUUUGAUCAAAUCUCCAAUAAGAUCUUCCAUUAUAUUCUUCUAUCAAGUUUUUUUUUUUCAAACUGACAUAAUUAUAUUUUUCAUUCUAAAAGUAAGCUUGAGUUCUAAAGGAUGUAUAGAAUCUUGAUCUAAAAGAGCUCUCUCUUUUCCUUUGAAUUGUAGCUGUUUCUCAGAAUCCAAAUGAUAAGCCAACCGAUUAAAAGAGCUCUCUCUUCCUUCACUCCAAUUCAAUCUGGUCUCUAACGUAUUUAAGUUAGGGUUUUUCUUUAUUUUUUUACAUCAAGUGUAUUAAUUUCUGGGAACGGUGUGAAAGUGAAUGGCAGCCAUUCGGACUGGAGAAGCCGUUGCUAACCGUUUGACUGUUAGAAAUUGAAAUUUUCUUACAGUUACUGUCAAACUCCUAUAAAAGCCCAAACCCAUUCAUUUUUUGUCGAUCUCUCAGCAAGAUUUCUCUCUUUAUUCUCCUCUCUUGAUCCAGAUAACACUGUUGUCAUCCAGCGAAAAUGGAGCAAACUCCUGGAGAAGAAAUUGGAAUCAGAAUCUACACUGCAUCCCCGCAAAAUGAACCUAAAUUAAACAAAAUCUCCACUGGAUCCCAUCAAGAUGAUGAAACAAAACCAUCAAAGCCAUUAUGCACCCUCACCAAAGCCCCUAAAGAACCAGGCAGCAAACGGAGAGCCGUGGCUAAAGGAAUGCAAAAAACAAUCUCCAAGACAUCCAUGCUUGUUAACUUCCUUCCAACAGGCACCCUUUUGACAUUUGAAAUGCUUCUUCCAUCAAUAUCCAAGAAUGGAGUGUGCACACCUGUUACUGCCCUAAUGAUCUAUGCCCUUCUUGGUCUUUGCUCUCUUUCCUGCUUUUUCUUUCAUUUCACCGACAGUUUCAAGGGCCCAGAUGACAAAAUUUACUAUGGCUUUGUUACUACAAAAGGGUUGGCUGUUUUUAAGCCUGGUCUUACAGUUGACGUGCCUAAAGAUGAGAGGUACAGAGUUGGGUUUACCGAUCUUGUUCAUGCAGUGAUGUCGGUGAUGGUAUUCAUGGCAAUUGCGUUGUCAGAUCAUAGAGUGACCGGAUGCUUGUUUCCUGGGCAUGUUAAGGAGAUGGGUGAAGUGAUGGAGAGUUUUCCUCUCAUGGUUGGUGUAAUUUGCAGUGGCCUGUUCUUAGUGUUCCCUACUAGUCGACAUGGCAUUGGAUGCAUGUCUAAUUGAUUACGAGUGUGUUUUUGUUAGUAUUAUUAAUUUUAGGGUGACUUUUUCUUUAAGGUUUUCAGUUCUGCCAUUUCAGUAUCGAUAGAACAGUUUUUGUUAAAACUUUUUAUUCAUUUGUUGAGUUAGAAA